AUGCGGCCAGUCGACAGGGAAGCUCCAAGGAAAACAGUAGAGGUACACAACAUGGAUGCAGUGACAGAGUGGGCUGUGCAAAUGGAAGUUCUUACAAUGAAAAUGGAUAAUCUGUCUAAAUCAGUUAACAUGGUACACCAAUUGCCAUAUGUUUGCGAAGGUUGUGGAGCAGAUCAUGCUACUACACGCUGUUUUUUGGCAUCUACACAUGUUAAUCAGCCUGAGGAAGUGUCUAUCAAAAAUUUGGAGCAGCAGGUGGGACAAAUCGCAACUGUAAUAGCUAAUAGACCCCCAGGUACCUUACCGAGUGACAUAGAGAAGAACCCACGGGAGCAGGUAUUAGCAGUUGAGGUGGUAAAUUAUGCAACUAUUGAGCUCCCAUCAUUCACUCCCGCCAACCCUGUCAAGGCGUAUCUGCCAAAAAUCACAGUGAAAAAGAAAGUGAACGAGAAGAAUCAAGUACCUACCAUGGGAGAAGAAUCGGUGGAGCAGUCUAGAGAAGCAAUAGACAAUGAUCAAAAGAUAGUUUCAGAUAGUACACAGUUUAAGGCAAAUGUUCUCGGCACUACACUAACACCUCUGCUCCCUUUUCCUCAAAGGUUGCAGAAGACCAACUUGGAGAAACAAGCUAUGAAAUUCCUGGAAGUCCUCAAAAAGCUGAAAUUGGGAUUAGGAGAUCCUAAGGCGGCAUUUAUUAUCCUUCAACUGGAGGACCGAUCACUGAAACACCCGUACGGAAUAGUUGAAGACAUGCUUAUCAAGGCGAAGGAGUUUAUUUUUCUAGCUGACUUCAUCAUCCUUGACAUAGAUAAGGCAUAUCAGGUGCAAUAA